UACGGGCGAGGCAGGGACGCGUAGAAAAGCUGGCCAUAUCGCAAUGCCUUGGCCCGCCGGGCGCUACGCGCAAUGAGCGUUCUAACAGCAGAUUUUCCCGCGGCGGACGGUGGCUAACUCUGCGCGCGGGCUCGAAGGGGUGCCGGGGGUGCUGCCUUCGCGUGGACUGCCACAUUCGCCCAGGCUCUGCGCCCGCGCAACUUCCGCACCUUUCCGCAUCCGGUCCUGCGGCCACGCUGGUGCACAUGCGCACACGCUCCGACUUGGUCCCCAAGGGAGGUGGGGCCUGAGGGUGGAGCUGAGCUCAGCUGCUUGGGCGAUGAGAUAAUUCCCGGAGGCGAGGCGCGUGUGGCCCCGCCCCUCGAAGUUCCUCCCCCAAUGAGACCAGAGCUAGACCCGGCUGGCUAUGUUUCAGUGUUAACGGUUGCUGUGCGGGCACUGGUACCGGCGCACGCGCACACUUACAAGUGCGCACGCGCACGCGCGCCUGGGGCGGUGGUUGGAGGCUACCGGCGCACCGGGCUCUGGAAGUUGGCUGGCGGGAGGGCGCGGCGAUGGGUGAGGCAGACGCGGGGACACCCUCUUUCGAGAUGACCUGGAGCAGCACAACAAGCAGUGGCUACUGCAGCCAGGAAGAUUCGGACUCGGAGCUCGAGCAGUACUUUACGGCGCGUACCUCGUUGGUGCGCCGGCCUCGCCGGGACCAGGACGAGCCUGUGGAGUGGGAGACACCUGACCUUUCUCAGGCUGAGACUGAGCAGAAGAUCAAGGAGUACAACGGCCAGGUCAACAGCAACCUCUUCAUGAGCUUGAACAAGGACGGCUCCUACACAGGCUUCAUUAAGGUUCAACUGAAGUUGGUGCGCCCUGUCUCAGUGCCCUCCAGCAAGAAGCCACCCACCUUGCAGGAUGCCCGGCGGGGCCCAGGGCGGGGCACAGCUGUGAGGCGCCGCACCUCCUUCUACCUGCCCAAGGAUGCGGUCAAGCACCUCCAUGUGUUGUCACGCACGCGAGCACGAGAGGUCAUCGAGGCUUUGCUGCGCAAGUUCUUGGUGGUGGAUGACCCCCGCAAGUUUGCACUCUUUGAGCGAGCUGAGCGCCAUGGCCAAGUGUACCUCCGGAAGCUGUCAGAUGAUGAGCAACCCCUGCGGCUACGGCUCCUUGCAGGCCCCAGUGAGAAGGCCCUAAGCUUUGUCCUGAAGGAGAAUGACUCUGGGGAGGUGAAUUGGGAUGCCUUCAGCAUGCCUGAAUUACACAACUUCCUACGCAUCCUGCAGCGGGAGGAAGAGGAACACCUCCGCCAGAUCCUGAAGAAGUACUCCUAUUGCCGCCAGAAGAUCCAGGAGGCCCUGCACGCCUGCCCCCUAGGGUGACCUCUUGUACCCCUAGGUGGAAGGGAGAGAGUAGGCAGCGCCAAGGGCAUGCUGUGUGAGUGUGACAGGGCCAUGUGGCCUGAGGAAUGAGUGUGCAUGGAAGCCCUCUCUUGCUGGGAGAAUGAGCCCAGAGAACAGUGAAGGAACUGCUGGCUCCUUGUGUCCACCAGUGGGUGUAGCAGAGCGUGGCUCUGCACCCUUCUGCCCUUCAUGUCCUGGGUCAUGGUGGGCCAGGGUUGCCCUGGGAAGCUGCUCUAGGCUUUGCAGCAAGGGUAGAGCAGACAGAAGUCUCCUUAAUUCGUGUCUCAGAUAUGAGAAUCUUGGAGACCCUACCAUCAGGGUCAUGUUUUCAGGGAUGAGGAUCCUCCUCUUUGGGGAAAGAUUGUAUGUUUGGGGUCUUGGAUGGGGUCUCAGGACAGCCUUAUCAGAGCCAGGGGUGGGUGUUCAAGAUAAGGCAGGCAUCGAGGAAGAGUCUAGGUUUCCCUCUACGGUGCCCUCUGGCUCUACACACACCCUGGUCAGAGAAUGCUAUCUCAAGGUGCAGCAACAGUGCCUCAGUGCCUCCUUCAAGGAGGAUGUCCCUGGGCCAGGGUCUGUGUGAGUGUGGGCAUUGGCCCAGGUCCGUGCCUUGUUUGCCAGUCAAAACUAAGGUCUUUAUUUUGGGUAUUUGCAAUGAUGCGUGUGAAUGUAUGUAACACAUUUGUGGCCUCGGCUGAAUGCCUCCUGUAGGGAAAGGGGUGGGGGUGACAGUCAUCAUCAGGACCUGGGGCCUGAGAAAAUUUGGCUGAAUAAAGACUUAAGAAUCUA